AUGGAUAACGAACAGCUCAUAGAAAUUGUAAAAAAAUAUGAAUACCUUUAUGAUUUAACCGAUAAAAGAUACAGUGACAAUCACAGAAAAGAUCAGACGUGGAACGAAAAAGGAAUGAUACUUAAAAGGAAUGGUACAGAUAGCGCGCGAGUUGAAUGCCGUCGGGGCCGGGGGUCGGGGGAGGUGAAGAGCGGGAGCGUCUCCCCCCGCCGUCCGCACGCCGUGUCUCGCACGCCUGCAGUGUAG